AUGCACGCCACAGGAGGACGAAUCGUCGUCAAUCCAACCUUUGAAGAUUGGGUUUACGAAGAUGACGAGAAGCAAUCUAUGUCCACCCCAAUGAAAAGACAAAUCACGUACCAUGUUCAAGAAGAAAUUGGGCAUACGAAGCCUUAUGAUGACCCAUGGAAGCAACAAGGGCAGUCAAGUUAUGAUUACGGCAAGGUUGUUACAACUCAUGGAUCAAAUCGAGCCCUAUCAACGCUAGUUGCUCUCUUGCUCGUUGUAUCCAUUGCUGCAUUGGUGCUUAAUCUGUUGAUGUUUUUCGGAAAAAUACACUACAAAUGCGGC